AUGGCUUCCGAGACGCGUUCCGAGCCGCACCGCCAAUCGAAGCAAGGGAGUAAUGGGGUCGCAAGUGUGCAGCGGCCGAGCAAGCGCGUCAGGCUGCAUGGAAGAGCCUUCUACGAGAGCAUUGGCAGCCCGAAGAUUGUGCUUGCGCCUAUGGUGGAGCAGUCGGAGUUCGCAUGGCGCAUGCUCACCCGCUCCUUCCUCCCGCCCUCCGCGCAAUCCUCCCUCCUCGCCUACUCGCCCAUGUUCCACUCCAAGAUGUUCGUUGAGCAGCCCAAGUACCGCGACUCGCACUUCCAGCCGCUCAAAUCCGCGCUGCCCUCCCCCGUCGACACCUACCAUCUCUCGCAGCUGCCCGACUCGGAGCGACAUCUGGACGGAAACCCGGCUUUCGAUCGCCCGCUCACCGUGCAGUUCUGUUCGAACGGCCCGGAUGACUUUCUCAAUGCGGCGAAGCAGGUGGCGCCCUUCUGUGACGCGGUGGAUCUGAAUCUGGGCUGUCCACAGGGCAUCGCAAAGAGGGGCAAUUACGGCGCAUUCCUGCAGGAGGAUUGGCCUCUUAUUUCGAGCAUGAUACGGAAGCUGCACGAGGAGCUGCAUGUGCCCGUCACGGCAAAGAUGCGGAUCCUCGAGACGAGGGAGAAGACGCUGGAGUAUGCGAAGGUACUACUGGAUGCGGGCGCGAGCAUCAUCACGGUGCACGGCCGGCGCAGAGAACAGAAGGGGCACAAUACAGGGUUGGCAGACUGGAGUAUGAUCCGUUAUCUGAGGGAGAAUUUACCGAAAGAGACGGUCAUCUUCGCGAACGGGAACAUCUUGCAGCAUGAGGACAUCGCGAAGUGUCUGGAAGAGACGGGCGCAGAUGGCGUCAUGAGCGCAGAGGGCAACCUGCAUGAUCCUACCAUCUUCGCCGAGCCGCCGGCCGUUGGCAAAGAGGGACGAGAGUACUGGCGCGGGAGAGAUGGAAAGGGCGGAUACAGAGUCGAUGCAGUCUUCCGCCGUUAUAUGGACAUCAUACACAAGCACGCUCUCGGACAGACACCUCCGGAGAGGAAGCCCCUGUGGAUAGCGUCCGACCCCGAGGCACCGGAAGAGCAAGUCAGCGAGGAAGAGCAGGAAGGUCCACCGCGCAAGAAGAGAAAGCAGUCCAAAGCGGAAAAAAGGCAACAGAAGAUCACGAAUCCCAAUCUGACAGCUAUGCAAGCGCAUCUAUUCCACCUGCUGCGGCCGCUCGUGGCAGAACAUCAUAAUGUCAGAGACGCGCUGGCGAAGUGUCGGGUGGGCGAGAUCGAUGCGUUUGAGCAUGUCCUGAGGUUGACCGAGCAGGCUGUCAAAGAGGGUAUACUAGCGUACGAAAAUGAACACCCGACCCAGACCAUCGGUACCGGGUUGGAUCCGCAAGAAUCGGGUCAGAGUGGCACGGUGGGGCAACUAGCGGAGACAGAAGAGGACCCGUACACGUCCUCCCUCGCAGCUGUCGCCCGCUGUAAACGCCCAUGGUGGGUAUGCCAGCCCUAUGUCCGACCUGUACCGAAAGAAGCGAUUGAGAAGGGCUCAAUGCAGCUAAGUAAGAAGGAGAAGAAGAGGCUGGAGCAGCAGGAGGCGGAAGCUAAAGCUGUCGGUCUGGCGCCAGGAGGCAAGAUAGAGAAAGAGAGCAUGGAGGUCAAUGGCACGCAUCAGGAGGCAGAGAUACCGAAAGAGGGCGUGGUCUAUGGUUGA